CAGAGCUUUGAGCGCGAGAUCCUCCUCAGCACUUUUGUCAUGAAUUAAAGUUAAUCGGACACGCUUUGUCUGAGUCUGCUGGAUUUUGCCAAACAUAUAAGUAACUUAACUUUUAGCCAACUAACAGUUAAUAUGUCUAAAAGAAAACCUCUUGCGCCCUCGGAGCGGCAGGGAAGCGAUGACUCGGACACGGAGCUGCUGCUCGCGACCCUCUCACCGGAGGAGGUGGAAGAGCUCGAGCGGGAGCUGGUGUUCAUCGACCCGGACCCAGAUGUACCGGUGGGACUCCGACAGCGGAACCAGACGGAGAAACUGCCGUCCAGAGGAUAUGACAGAGAGGCCAUGCUGGACUACUGCGAACGGCAGACCAAGAGAUUAAUCCGCAGAGAGCUCAGCGCAGAGGGAGAGUCAAAAGGGGAGGGCAGGAGGAGAGAUCGACUCCGCAGGAUGAGGAGCAGGGAGUUUUCCAGGUCACAGAGUGGCGACCCUCCAGACACAGAGAGCAGAAACGCUGCGAGUGAAGCACCUCCUGAAAACAAUGAACAGGAGACAGCUAAGAAACGAGAUGAUGUCUCCAAAGAUUCUUCUGAUAAAGAGGAAAUAAAAACAGAGAAAAAAGAUGAAGGUGGAACAGAAUUGAAAGAGAGGGAACAUUCUAGAAAAGAAAGGGGAACUUCCAAGACUCUGGAGCUUAUUUCCAAACUGCAGGAUAAAAAAGAGGAUAAGAGAGAAUGCGAAAAAAGAGAAGAGAGAAAAGUAAGUGAGAACUCAAAAAUACGAGGCUUCAUCUCCAAACUCCAGGAUAAAGACAAUGAGAACCUUAAAGAAAAGAGCAACAAGGAAGAUAUCAAGAAAAGCAGAACCAAAGUCCUGGAGGAACAGAAGAACAGCAGAGCAAGAGACAGUAUGAACCAAAAUCAAACAGAGGAAAUUAAAAGCAAAAUGAAGGAGAAAGAACAUGAUGCAAAAAAUGAGUUAUCACGAGCACAGAAAGAGAGAGAAACAAAGAAAGAAAAUAAGCUUGACAAAACAAAAAAACAUACCGAACAGAUGAUAUCACCCAAUUUCAGCCAUAAUGUCUCAGAGACCAUUGAUGGUAGUAAAGACUGUUCAGUUACCACAGAGGAUGAAGAUUCUUUCAACGAACAUGAUUCUUUGGACAGCGACACUGGCUCCAGUAUGUUUGAUGACCUUCUGGAGCAAGUUCGCAGCGAUGACCCCGAACUAACCGAGAUCAAUGUUAACAAUUCAGAUGCCAUAAAGAAAGACACCCUAAUGCAGUUUGCAGAAGGUCUCCGUAGCAACACCCACGUUAAAACUUUCUCCCUCGCCAACACAAGGGCGGACGAUCACGUCGCGUUCGCCAUUGCUGGAACCCUGCGGGAAAAUGCCACCCUGACGGGCAUUAACCUUGACUCCAACCAUUUAACAGGCAAAGGCAUCUUGGCCAUUAUCAACUCUCUCCAGCACAACCGAGCGCUCAUGGAGCUGAGAUUUCAUAACCAGAGACACAUCUGCGGAGGGAAGACAGAAAUGGAGAUGACUAAAGUCUUACGUGACAACUCUUCUCUGCUGAAAUUGGGCUAUCACUUUGAACUGGCCGGGCCCAGGAUGACAAUGACCAACAUUUUGAGCCGAAACAUGGACAGGAAGCGGCAACAACGGCUGGAAGCGCAGAAACUCUCCAGAGAGGAGACUAACUCCACCCGUAUAACCCCAAGUGAAAAUGCGAUGAACGUAUCUAACCCUAAUAAGCCAAAAGACUCAUCAUUCUCCCACACUGAGAAGAAAACAUACAAAUUUGCUGCAAUGUCCAAAUUUACCUCUCAGGAAACUCUAAAGGCCUUGACCGCCAAACCACAACCUAGAUUUACCUGCUCUGAAGUGACAGGAAAGACAGAAGGGGCAACAGGAAGUAGACACGUUCCUCCUCCUCCCCCUCCUCCUGGUCCAGCGUUAGAUGUUCAGGCUUUGAGAAGAUCAUUGAACCCAAUCUCUCAGAGAAAGCAGGACAGCAGUGCAGGUGUCCGUCAAACAGAGAGGAACUCCAGAGAUCAGCUCCUCACCUCUAUCAGAAACUGUGGCAUGAACGCACUAAAAAAGGUUGAGAUCCCUAAGCGGUUAAGAUAGCAUGAAGUAUAUAUGGUGCACAUUCCUUCAGAUUCCCCAGAAACCUCAGAAGACAGACCAUUGUUUUGCAAAUACCUGAUGUCUAAACAUGGGGACACAGCAUUUUACACUUUGCCUUAUGGGUGUGAUUUUCCAUAGACUGAUAGACAAUCAUCAUUGAAGAUGUGAGGCACCUGUUGCAGUUAAAGGACACUGAAAGACUGACGUAUCAAAUUAGUUUAAUGAGUUCUUUGAAUUUCAUGUCUUGGCCAUUUGCGUUGAGCAGCUAUUAAUUAAAUGUGCCUGACAGAGUUUAGUGCCCUCAUCAACCAGGGCUCAAAUAACGCAUAUCAUUUUUUGGUUCAUGUUUUCACUUGCCAUGCCAAAAUUUUCACUGGCCCCAAUAAAAAAAUGUCAGUGUCACAUAUUUAAAAAUAAUAAUUCAAAAGUCAAAUAUAGUUGUAUACAUAUACAACAGACAUAUACUCCCAACUUUUCUGCUUUACCUGUAAACUGACAGCAAACUUCGCAAAAUAUUGCAUUGUUUCUUUUGUCGUGUUUUACCCAUUUCUGCUUCCAAGAUGUUAAGUAAUAUACAUUGAUGAAAAUAUAUUUUUGUGACUGAAGG